CAAGUUUUCCCCAAGUGUGUUAUGGGGGCGGAGUUCUGUGACAUCAUGAAUAGAUGGUCAUGCUUUAUAAAUACCAGACUUUGCCGUUGUUCAUUUUUACCUUACCUUUUACUCCCAAGGCCAAACAGGUGUAAUAAAAAAAAUGAAGACUAUACAUGUUGUGUCUCUUACUCUACUGCAUGUGCUGGCAGUCAAUGCUCAGAACAACGGCCCACUGGAAUGCCCAAAGCCUGCGGUUCAGCAAGACUUUGACCCUACAAGGUAUAUGGGCAGAUGGUACGAGAUCAUGAAGAUACAAAGUCAGUUUCAGUUCGGAGAAUGCUGUCAGGCUACUUAUGCUCUGAGCAAUGGUAUUAUUCUGGUGCGAAAUGAUGAGCUUCUUGCCAAUGGCACCAUCAGCUUCAUUGAGGGCACUGCCAAGAUCACAGAUCCAUCAGAACCUGCUAAACUUCAGGUCAGCUUCUUUAAGGGUGCCCCUCCUUCUCCCUACUGGGUCCUGGCUACAGACUAUGACAACUAUGCCCUGGUUUAUUCUUGUACUGAAAACUGGGAUCUGAGGCACGAUGUAUACGCUUGGAUCAUGAGCAGGGAACGCACACUUCCCAAAGAGACCCUCUCUGAGCUGCUAGGCAUUCUUAAAGCUAUUAAUCUCCCUAGUUUUUUGUUCGACAAGACUGACCAAAGUCCAGAGCUGUGCAGCAACAUGCCUUAAUUUAGCUGAAGAUGUGUUGAACUGUAUGAAAAGCUAGAUCAAUGUCUCAGACCUGUGCCUGUCAGAGGUCUUUUGCAUGAGAACGUUAAUAAAUCUGCAGAAUAAAACUGAACUGAAUGCCCA